CGUAAAAUGAUUGCUUUACACAGAAAAGCCAGUAAAAAUCAACUAACUCGAAGAUAUUGACAAACAACCCACAGCGCUGUUCCUCUAUCGGUUGAACAGGGGAAUGUUGAAUGCGGACCAAAAUACUGUUCGCUUUGGCAACAUUGCACAUACCAGUAAUGUAUCCUUUAAUGGAAAGACCCUUCUUUAUCCGUUAUGAAUGUAUACACUUCAUAAUAGUUAAAAUACUUUAAUAUACUACAAAUCGUUAAGUAACUCUAUCGAAUAAAAUAAUAAUUUAGGAAAAAAUAAAUUGUUAUGUCUAAAGUGAAGGCCUCUGGUUAAGUUUCACACAUUCCUGAAACUUUUGAAAGGUUUGAAUUAAAUCAUACGGUAGAUGUCACAGUACCGAAUACCGUGUCUGAUAAUUCCGACUGCUAAGUGGGUAUUUUUUUUCUUUUAUUAAGUUUGAUAAAAAAAUACUCAACAUAUGUAAAUGUAAUUACGUAGGAAAAUAACAGUUUGUUAUCUCAAAUUGGACUAGGUGGUAUGGAUAUAUCAGAUGGAAUGGAUAAAUCAUGGAAUCAUCCAUGGACCACAGAGGAAAUGAGAAAGAAAAGAAGAGAAUGGAGUUUGGCAGGUGAUGCAGGACUUCUUAAACAUCUCCAACAAUUUUCUGAAAACUUAGUAUCAAAAGCAAAUAAAACUGAUGAAGCAUUGAAUUCUUUAACAACUCAACUGAAUGAAGCAGCAAUACUUAUAGAUAAUGUGACAAAUACGUCUCUUGCUUUGGCUAAUACCCAAUUUAUCGAAAGUCGUGUGCAAGAAGAUGAUAUAGUGAUUGAGAAGAAGGAAACUGUGAUUCAGGAAUCUAAGAAUGAAGAUUUAGCAACUGCGGAUUUAAUAGCCACUGUAAGUGAAAGUAUAAGGGAAGGUUUAGACAUAAUGGACUCAAAGUACAAGAAAACGGAGUUUGUUGAUAGUGAUAGCGAAGAAGAAAAUAAUGGAGUAGUAUUAAGUGUUGUAUUGGGGCCAAAUGAUCCAUACCAAGAUCGGCCCUUACCUUAUGUCACCGGUUCUGAACAGUGGAAAAAUUCGAGUAAAAUCGGUCUAGAAAGCAGUAGUAGCAGUGAAUCAGAACAAGUAGACGAAGAAGAUGAAGAGGACGAAGACGAAGACGAAGAAGAAGAAGAAGAAGAAUCAGAAAGUGAUGAUGAUCAAACAGGACUUGGGGGUUAUAAUAUUGAUACUGGUUCAAAAUCGGAAAUGUUAAUUGGGUCAGAUUAUAGUAAAAGAAGUGAUAUAUCAUAUAUGGAAAAUGAUAAACUCGAUGUAAUUAGUCAUAAUAAUGUGCAUUCUGUUUCUGAAUCAAUUACACCUAAUGAUAAUACACCAAAGGUACCAUUACCGAACAAUUUGACACCAAAUUUUGCAGAAGAAUUAGCCAAGCGAUUAGGUACAGUUAGGCAGACUGAAAAACCAGCCAUUGUAGAUGAAAAAAGUGAAGCGUCGAUAAAUCGUUUUAAAGAUGAUUUAUUUACACCAGAUGGCGAUGAAAAUGUCUUAAACGAUAAAUCGAAAAAUGUAUUUAGUGGAAAUGCAAUCCCCAAUGACCAAACUUCUGGAAGUUUAUGGAAAGGCAAACCUAUUAAGCCAUAUGAAAAUAAUAUUAUACCUGCUAGUAUCGAUGUACCGCCUCCGAUUAGUACAGUUUCUACAAAACCAAAAUCUGCUAUCGAUGAUCUUUUUGCCGAUGCAGAUUCUGAAGAUUCCGAUGAUAUUUUCUCUUCAAAAAAUACGGUUAAAACAAUCACAAAAAACAAGCAUCCAAGUAAUAGCAAUGUAAACACAGAAACUGCUAAGAAGAAAUACUUGGAUAUUGUAGCACCAUCGGUUACUGAUAAGCGGGCGACAAGUACACCAGAAAAUAACGUAAAAGAUAAUUUAUUUGUCGAUGACGAUGACGACGAUCUAUUUGGUUCUUCUAAGAAUCCUACGAUAGAUAAAAAAAAACCUAUGGGUGAAGUGUCAAUACUUGGUGACAUUAUAACUUCAGAUAUGAAGAAUAAAUUAUCGAAUAGAAUAAUGCGAACUCAAUCAUCCGAAUCUUCAGGUAGUGACACACCACCAAAGCAUGAAGGCAGUCAAAAGUUCAGUCGAGAUGAUUCAUGGAAUACUAUCUCUAAAAUCUCAAAUGAUAAUAAUGUCGAUGACUGGAGUCCUAUUGUGAUGGGAGUAAAUAAUGCAGAAAAUUUGGCUGCUCCUUAUGAAAGCAGUAACAGCAGCGGGAUAUCGAUCAACCCACCAAGUGUUAAUAAUACAAAAGCUUCGAGUAUAGGCCCAGACUUUCAGCCGUUGCUGACGUCGACGCGCUUGAAAUCGGAAGAGAUUUACCGUGAGAACAUCGCGAACGACAGCCUCUUUGCCAGUAAUUCGGUCACUUCAAAUCCGAACGCGGCUGGCAAUCAGCCUCAAGAGGAGGUGCCCGGCGAACCAGCCUCUUCGACGCAAGAGAACGACGUAUUUGAGAACGACGAGGAACUGUUCAGCCCGCCACCGUUGCCGAAACUCGACUCGAAGCCGCCGAAAUCAAAGGUUUCGUUUCUGUUCGACGAUUCCGAUUCUGGGGACGAGCUGUUCUCGACCACCAGUUCGGGCUCCAGGUCACAGAAGAGCACCGAUUUCUUGACCGCGGUGCCCCAGUAUUCGGACAAGGCCAAGGCUACGCAACGAAGAGGUCUUUUCGACGAGGACAUCGACAUAUUCGGCAACAAAGACUCGCCGGAUGUUGAUAUCUUCGGCAUAGCGUCGAAAGCGGCGAAAGAGGAGAGCGGCGCGCCAGCUAAAAAGCUGUCUGCCACGCCGAAAAAGAUCAGUCUGUUCGACGAUGCUGAAGAUAUGGACGACGGUGAUCUGUUCUCCGCGAAACCGAUCAAGAGCGACGGUAAAACCGAAUCGAAAUUGUUCGACGAAGACGACGGUGAUUUGUUUUCAGUUAAGAAAGCAAUCGACAGGGACCAAGCGAACGCUGGCAUUAAGCAACCUUUACAAGCGCCUCCGAUUGAGAAAGAGAAUGUCGAGCAAAUGUCCACGCGGAAAACGGAAAGGAAGCUCGAUGAUAUUUUGUCCGGAAAUGGAUUUUUCUCCGCCGCUGUCGGCUCUCACGGAUUGAUCUUUGAGGACGACGAUUACGAUGAUUUGUUCAGCAGCAAGAUCGUGACCAAAGAUACCAACGAGGCGUCUGCGCCAGAUAACAAAGACGAUACGAAAACGUUACCCGCGAUGGCGAGUAAAGUUGCGAGCGAAGUUCCGAAUCAAGUUGCUAGCUUCGAAAACGCCGCGAAACUAAAUCUCAUUGAUACCAGUGGAGUGGAGCGAAGCACUGAGAAAGAGGAUUUUCCGGUGACAUCUAACGCUGCAGAGAUUUCGGAGGUUGAACCUAAGAGGAGCCCGCCGAGAUCGUUAGAUAUUCAUGUGACUAUGUCGUCGUCGCCGCCCGAGGAAAAUAGUCAGUCUGCUAGACGAACAGUUUCCGGAAAAAUAAAGAAUUUAAUGGGAAAAAUGGGUGACUUGAAAAUACUCUCCCCAAUGGACACACCACCGCUUUGGAGGAGGAGCGAGGAAAGGACGGACGAAGAGGAUAGCGUCGCGGGUAGAGACAGCGACGACGGCGGAUGUGUUAGUACGCAAGGCCAUAGUUCGCCACCCAGCGUGUCUGAAGACAGCACUGCUCAGAAACAGUCUCUUCAGUCAACGGUUUCAGGUGAAAGUAACGUAGAAAGUGCAAUCAGCUUCGAUGAGCCUGCUCAAGUGGAAACGUUGUCUACUGCUGCCUCAAAGACACGGGUUCGAAUUCAAGCAAAACGCAGGCCUCAAAGUAGGCAUGCUCGGAAAUCUGCUUUGAGACAAAGCGGUAUCGAUUUCGAUACUGUAGAUGCCUCAGGGAAUAAUUCUCAAGAUGAAAGUCAUGUUAAUAAAUUACCAAGUACUCUUAUUAAAGAGCCGUCGAACUUUACGAAUGCGAAUGUACCACAAAUAACGAGCUCCGAUCGUUUGGUCCCAUCGAGCAACGACAAUCUUCAUCGGUUAGUCGAUCCCAACAUGUCUUUAGCUGCGGACGAAAAAUCCGAGCUCGGUAGCAUUAGCAAGGAAAGUUCAAUGAGCGCCAACAAGAACACUUUGUUAUCUCCAUCCACCGACGAGGAAGAUUUGUUCGAUGUACCUCCCGAUUUACCGGAAGAUCCGCAAAAAGAAGACACUCUAUUCGGUAGAGGACCAAUCCUUUCUCCGGUCGAUAGAGUCCUUUCUGAGAAGCCAGUUCCUGUUUUCAAGCCCUUAAAAGAUACUCACAUUAAAACAAUAGAUCACGCAGAAGUAGUUCCAGAGAAAAAAGUGUCUGUAGAUCAUGGUAGCAAAUUGGCUGAAGCUGAUAAAGAUCUUGAUACAAAAGUUGCGGUUCCUUGUUCGAAUGAAAAGGAAGUCGAACGCGACAACGUUGAAUCAAAGGAGGAAUCGAAAGAAAUGAUAGAUCCGUUAAGAGACAGCAGUCAUGAUCCUCUAAAGGAUCCCAGUCAGUUGUUCGCUUUCGUCACGAAAACACCAUCCCCGGAGAAAGGCAAGAAUUUGUUGUUCUCCGAGGACGAUAGUCUCUUCUCCACCAGCACUAAGAGGCCGUCCGAUGACCAAACAGCUAAGAAACAGAUGUUGGAUUUGUUCGCGGACGACACGGAAGGGGAUUUGUUCUCGUCUACUUUGUCCAAGCCGGUGAAGAAACCUCUGAAAGACACAAUGAUUAGCUUGUUCGACGAUGAUGGCCAGGAUGACGAGGACGAUAGUUUGUUUGAACCUGUUGUAAAGAAAUUGUCCGGGAAAGCUGAACCCGAGAAGAAACAAGAGAAUCGGAAGAAUAUUGGUCUGUUCGAUGACGGUGACGACGAUACCAUUCUAUUCUCCGAACAAUCUGAGCAUACUCGAAAGUCUGACACCGGUAGUGUUCAAGAGCCACCAAACAAAAAAGAAAUUUUCGCUAAUAUCACCGAAUCUGUGAAAACUUCACAUAUCACAGAUAUUUUUGCCGAACAGUCGAGCGGUGAAGAUGACAUUUUUGCUUCGAAGAUUGCAUCAAAAAAGGUCGUAGCGUCGAAGUUUCUAUUUUCUUCCGACGACGAUGACGACGACGCUGGUAAUAUAUUUAGGAAAAAAUCUUCGACCAGCGAAUCACGAACAAAACCAAUUGAAACGCGAUCGACUGCUGUAAAGAAAUCGGUUACGAGGGAUCUGAAGAAAACGGCUGAGAAAAUUAGCGAGGAUCCUUUAAGUAUUUUACAAGAUGACUAAACGUCGUUACUUUGAAAUACGUAUCAAAGAAAUUAUAUAUUUUAUUUAUGCUCGCCCUUCAAUAUUUCCUUGUACUGAAGUGAUUUUAAGUUAUAGCGUAUUAAAGUCCAGUAUGAAAAAUGAAUUAGAUUCUCUGUUAAUGAAGAGGAUAACUGAAAGGCGAAUAUAUAAAUUCUGUAUAAAUUAUUGAACAAAAAAAGAACGCUGUGCGUUACAAAAAUGGGCACUGUGCAAAGAUAAUAUGAAUUUAAUUGUAUGUUUGAUUCUAUUCCAUUUCUAUACAGAGAAAAUUCUAAAAUACAUUAUAAUUUGUAAUAUAUGCGAACAAAGAUAUUUUACCGUAUUUUUCCAUAAAUAUUUUUUCAAACAGAAAUUUGGAGGAUAUCAAGUCCUGAUAGGCGAAUCUUUUUUCAAUGUCGAGAACAACGAACAACAGAAUAUUACAUGGAUAAGAUAGAUUGAUUUGUUGUCACCAAUUUGUAAUAUUAAAUCAUUUUGCACAACCAGUUUGCAGGCAGUGCUUUACAAAAUAGAUGUUAUAUAUAUAUAUAUUUUUUUUUUGUUUAUAAUAUAUGUCAUUCCAUGAUGUAUUGUAUAUAUUGUAGCCUCCUUACAAAAAUGUGUAUCAGUACAAAUAAAUUGGUAGAUGCAAUCUUAUAUAAUACAUUGUAUAUGUGUUAAUUUCUCAUUACGCCAUUUCUAACCAAAUUGUAUUUUUAUAUAACCGAAUUUCAAUGAAAUAACAUGACGUCAUUCUUUACUGAAAUCAUUUAGGUAAAAUUAUUCACGUAAUCAUUUCACAUGCGUAGGUUUUAAUUAUGCAUACCGUGACUUAAUUGAGUAAAGAUACCGAAAGGUUAAAUACUCCUGUGAUUUCAAAAACAGUGCAUAA